AUGAAUUUGUUACAUAUAAAUAAGCCAUUAUUGCAACCUUUAAAAGUUUUAGUAGUAAACCCCCUUGCGCCAGCAUCCCAAUUAUUUAUAGUGAAAAUGAUGUCUGGCGUUGUCUUCAGUGACGAUCAAUUGAUUGAUUUGAAUCUUAUAGUGUCUAGUAAUGACUUAAAGUCGGCUGAAUCUUUUGUAUUGGAAUUAGAAUCAUGUGCUUUUUCAUGUACUAAUUCCAUCAAGAUAUCCUCAGACAUGUCAAGCGCUAACGAUGCUGACGUUUUUUGUUUCAUAACUGACUUUGAUAAUCCGAACUACGUUGAGUUUGACAAUGAAAAUAUUGAUAAGGAAUUCAACGCUUUAUAUCUCAUUAUAAAAUUGGCGAAUAGUUUUAGUUGGCUAAAUGAUACAGACACUGAAGGAAUAAAAGCAAUUAAAAAUGCUGAAUCUUCGAGAAGUACUAAAAAACAUACAGAAAUGGAAAAAAUUAUUUCUAAUAAAGAAAAGAAGGCCAUAUUUUUGGUUGACGGUAUUGUAGCCAUCGAUAUUCUUCAGUCACUAUCUAAAAAUAUGCCAUCCGAUAUAUUUUUCUGUCCUACACCUAUUUCUGCUAUUGCGAAAUCUGUUUUGGGAGAUUAUUUAAAUGUACAUUGUAAUGUCAUAAACGACGUGCUUGUUUGGGCUGCGAAUGAUAACGUCUUUCAUGUUGAGGUGAAGAAACCUAUAAUUAUACAUGACGAUGUUAGCGAUAAUUCACACUGCGAUGAAGACAAAGUAAUAGGGAAAGAUCUCCUGGAGCAGUUGAAUUUAGACUCAACACAAUUUAGUGCAUCUUGGUUGAAAAAAGAGUUCAUCGAAAAGGUGGCGUCAUCUGCGUCGAAGAAUCCUUACGGAUGUAUUUAUAGAGCUGUGGUAUUCAGCAAAACUUUGAGAGACAUUUGGUUAACGCGUAUCCAGGACGAUGGCAAGAAAGUUUACAACAACAUGGGCGUCAUUAGUGAUGGCUCACUUGGAACUAUUAAAGGAUUACCUUAUGUUUUGCCAGUAGUGUUUACUAAAGGUAACUGGUCUGUAAACAAGCUUUACGAAGACGAUGUUCAUCUGAAGCAGGAAAUAAACAGAAUCAAUAAGGAAGUUAAACAGCGUCAUGAUCAGAUGAUCGCGUACUGUAAAAAGUUUCUGCAAGAUAACAUCAUCCAUCAACCUUUCACAGAUGAAUAUAGUACCAAUUCUAUGAGCUCUGUAAGCGGAUACAAGAAUUGUUAGACUUUUAUUUCUAAAAAUAUUAAUAAAAUGAAUUAGUACAUUAAUCUUAAUAAAUAAAAACUUUUUGUGACAAAUA